AUGGGAGCAGUAGGCAGGACUGGGAGCACGAGGAGCGGGCUGGAAGCACUAGGGGAGACUGAUGGGAGGACUGGGAGCACCACGGGGCCUGGAAGCACUGGGAGAAACUGGGAGCAGUGUGGGAGAGGUACCUGGAGGAUUGGAGGGAAACUGGGAGCAAUAGAGAAGACUGGGGGCACUGGGGAGGGGACUGGAAGCACUAGGGGAGACUGGGGAGACUGGGAGCACUGGAGGAAGAGUGGAAGCACUGAAGGGGAAGGAGUGUACUAAGGGAGACUAGGACAGAGGGGACUGGGAACACUGGAAGAACUGGUGGCACUGGUAGGACUCGUGACACUGGGAUAAUAGAGGACAGUAGCACCAGGGGUCAGGAAGCAACUGGGAGCACUGGGAUAGCAGCACUGGGAUACAGGGAGACUUAGGGGGGAGGCUCUGUGACACUGGGAGAAGAGGGGCUGGGAAACUGAGGGCACUGGGAGAAGAGGGGCUGGGAGCACUGGAGUUGGGGGGUAACUGGGAGCACUAGGCCUUGGGAGCACGGGGGAUGAAGGGGGAGUACUGGGGGGCACUGGGUGGCACAGGGUGCCCGGGGGGCAGCGACCCUGCCACCCUUCCAGCAUGACGUGGAGCUGACGGACCCCCGUGGCCGGACCCCCCUGGAGCUGGCCGUGUCCCUGGGCCACCUGGAGUCGGUGCGGGUGCUGCUGCGGCACAACGCCAACGUGGGCCGGGAGAACGCCAACGGAUGGACGGUGCUGCAGGAGGCCGUGAGCACGGGGGACCCCGAGAUGGUGCAGCUGGUGCUCCAGUACCGCGACUACCAGCGGGCGACGCGGCGGCUCGCCGGCAUCCCCGAGCUGCUCAGCAAGCUCCGGCGGGCGUCCGACUUCUACGUGGAGAUGAAGUGGGAGUUCACCAGCUGGGUGCCACUGGUGUCCAAGGUGUGCCCCAGUGACGUGUACCGCGUGUGGAAGCGCGGCGAGAGCCUGCGGGUGGACACCACCCUGCUGGGCUUCGAGCACAUGACGUGGCAGCGCGGCCGCCGCAGCUACAUCUUCAAGGGGGAAGACGAGGGGGCCGUGGUGAUGGAGGUGGACCACGACAAGCAGGUGGUGUACACGGAGACGCUGGCGCUGGCCCUGCACGAGCCCGACCUGCUGCUGGCGGCCAUGCAGCCCAGCGAGGAGCACGUGGCCGGCAGGCUCACCUCCCCCAUCGUCUCCACGCACCUGGACACCCGGAACAUCGCCUUUGAGAGGAACAAGUCUGGGAUCUGGGGCUGGCGCUCGGAGAAGAUGGAGGUGGUCAGCGGCUACGAGGCCAAGGUGUACAGUGCCAGUAACGUGGAGCUGGUCACCAAGACCAGGACGGAGCAUCUCUCGGACCAGGACAAGUCACGCAGUAAAGGCUCCAAGACCCCCUUCCACUCCUUCCUGGGCAUUGCACAGCAGCACGGCACCCACAACGGGGCGCCCGUGCUGCAGGCUGCCAGCCCCACCAACCCCACGGCCAUCACCCCUGAGGAAUACUUCGACCCCCACUUCGACCUCGAGACCCGCAACAUCGGGCGCCCCAUCGAGAUGUCCAGCAAAGUCCAGAGGUUCAAGGCGACGCUGUGGCUGUGCGAGCAGCACCCGCUGUCGCUGGCGGAGCAGGUGACACCCAUCAUCGACCUCAUGGCCAUCUCCAAUGCCCACUUCGCCAAACUGCGCGACUUCAUCACCCUCAAGCUGCCCCCCGGCUUCCCCGUCAAGAUCGAGAUCCCGCUGUUCCACGUGCUCAACGCCCGCAUCACCUUCAGCAACCUGUGCGGGUGUGACCAGCCGCUGGGCUCCGUGCGGAUCUGUGCCCCGCAGCAGCCCCCCGGCACCGACCCCCCCGGGCCCAGAGCCUGGCCGUUCCCGUGCGAGGUGGAGGCGGGGGUGUUCGAGGUGCCCGCGGGGUACACCGUGCUGGGCGCGGGGCGCAGCGAGCCCCUGCGGGACGAGGACGACGACCUGCUGCAGUUCGCCAUCCAGCAGAGCCUGCUGGACGCCGGCACAGAGACCGACCAGGUGACCAUCUGGGAGGCGCUGACCAACACUCGCCCGGGCGCGGAGCCGCCGCCCUACGACGAGGACCUGCAGCUGGAAAGGGCCCUGCAGGAGAGCAUGCUGCUGCAGGCCAGGCCCAGCGCCGAGCCCCCGGCCGCCGGGAGCCCCCCCGGCGCGGGUGGGGGGAGCCCCCCAGCCCCCCCCGGGUACGGCAGCUUCGCGGAGCAGCUGCGCCUGGCCAUGGCCCUGUCGGAGCGGGAGCAGGAGGAGCGGGAGCGGCGGCGGCGUGAGGAGGACGAGGAGCUCCAGCGCAUCCUGCGCCUCUCCCUCACCGAAAAGUAGCGCCGGGACGCUCCGCGCCGGGACAGGGACGCCCCGCGCCGGGACAGGGAUGUUCCACGUGGGGUCACGCCAUGCAGGGACACGGAUGUCCCACGUGGGGACGCACCCCUUGCAGGGACAGGGACACCCCACCCAGGGAACAACCCAGCGUGGACGCUGUCCUACGCUGGGACACCCCAGUUUGGGCACAGCCCUGCCGGGGUGGCCCCCCCAUGAUGGGGACCCCCUGAUGUGGGCACAGCCCCCGCAUGGGGGAAUUUGAUCCAGGGAUCCUCCUACCCCCAGGACCCCCAGUCCAGGGCUCCUCUCCUGCCAGGCUCAAACCUCAGCCCAGGGACCCUCACCUGGGAACCCCCACCCCAGGAACACCCCAAUUCCUAGGUCCCCCUCCCCUGGGACCUCCCUCCUCUUUGGUGUUGUACCUUGACCCCCUGGGGGGCAGGAUGGCCCCAGGGGUCCCCGUGGGAUGUGGGUGACCCCUAUUUAAAGGCACUCCAGCUGGGGGGGUUUUGCAGGGGUACCCCCUGGCCUCAUCUCUCGUUGCAGUGGGGGGAGCAGGGGGGCCCCGAAUGUCUGUACA